UACAAGCCGGGACUCUCCCAGAAACGGGAUUUGAAAAGUCUGUCCUUAGGUGUUGGAGGGUGUCUCUUGGGUGAAGCUAGCGGCACAGGAGCCGACUCGGCUUCAGCGGCUUCGUGCCGCACUGGAGAGGCACUUUUCACUCAACUGUUGCAUGCAUCUACUUUCAAAAGAUUUCUUCCUCUCCUGGCGGGAAACGCAGAGCCCCAGCCUCGAAGAUCCAAGCAUAGGCAAGCAAUGCGAGGCUAUAAAAUAAAAUCUGCAAGAAAUUUCCUCGCUUCCAACUCUCUUUUCAUGAAUCUGUGACCACCUCUGUCUCACUAUACCCCUCAGUGAUGGUCUCUCUUAAAAACAAACAAGAAUCUGCUUCAAUAAUGUACAGUUCACUCAAUUCAAGAUCCAGCUGUAACUUCUCCAAUAUCUGCAAAAACACCAACCACUUGAAGUCCUUGAAAGCUCGACUCAUAGUUAACGGUCUAAUACAAUACAAGCUUUUGCUGAGACAAUUUUUGGAGUCUUGUUUUAAUUUGGGUUCUGUUGAUAUAGCUCUCUCGACUUUCAAUACAAUUAAGAAGCCAAGCUUGUUGUUGCAAAACUUGAUGAUUAGGAAUCUAAGUAAUAAUGGGUUACACGAAAACGUCUUGUCUGUGUAUAAAAGUUGUCAGGUUUCGAAUUGCCUAUCUGAUGAUUUUACGUUUCCUUUUGUGAUCAAGGCAUGCUCGGUUCUUGGUGCUUUUGAAAUUGGAAAAGAGAUUCAUUGUGCUGUGUUGAGAAAUGGGUAUGAGAGAAAUGUUGUUAUAGAGACUGCUUUGGUCGACUUUUAUGGAAAGAUUGGUCAUUUAGGGACUGCACGCUCUCUGAUUGAUGGAAGUCCACAACCAGACUUGGUUUCUCUGAAUGCUUUGAUUUCUUGUUAUUCUUUUCAUGGGAUUGAUCAACCAAUGUUUGAGGUUUUUAAGCUUAUCUUCGUGGUGGGUUUGAAGCCUAAUUUGAGUACUUUGGCUAGUGUAAUUCCUGUGUGUACCAGAUUGGGAUGUUUGGAUACAGGUAAGUCUCUCCAUGGAUUUGCUGUGAAGUCUGGAUUUCUUGCGAAUGAGUUCUUGGUGCCUGCUUUAAUUUCAAUGUAUGCUCGUGAUGUGUGUGUAUCUAGUGCUAUAAAUAUGUUUGAAGAUGUAAAAAGGAAGAAUGUUGCUGUUUGGAAUGCUAUGAUUUCUGCUUGUACACAAAAGGAUAUGGCUUUUGAAGCAUAUGAGAUGUUUCGACAAAUGCUUCAUGCUGAUGUGCUGCCUAACUCAAUUACUUUUGUGUCGGUCAUUCCCUCAUGUGAGGUUGCUGGUGGUAUACUGUAUGGUGAAUCAUUUCAUGCUUGGGUGAUAAAACACGGUUUAGAAAAUCAGGUUUCUGUUUUGACAGCCCUCGUGUCCAUGUAUGCUAAGCUUGGAGAGAUGCAUAAAGCUGAAAAUCUUUUUGAUCGGAUUUCCAAUAGGAACCUCUUGUUAUGGAAUGUGAUGGUGUCUGGGUAUGUGCGCAAUUGUCUAUGGGAUCUAAGUCUCGCUGCAUUUUGUGAAAUGCGGCUUGGUGGAUUUAGUCCAGACGCAGUCUCUAUUGUUAGUGUUCUUUCUGCUUGUUCCAAUCUGGAGGCUGUUUUGUUUGGUAAGUGUGCCCAUGCAUUUAGCAUUAGAAAGGGGAUUGAUUCAAGCCCCAAUGUUUCAAAUGCUCUCUUGGCAUUUUAUUCUGAUUGUAGACAACUCACCUCUUCUUUUAAGCUCUUUCACAAAAUGCACACUAGGAAUACUGUGUCGUGGAAUACUUUGAUAUCUGGGUGUGUGCAUAGUGGAGAAAUGGAAAAGGCAGUUGACCUUGGUCACAGUAUGCAGAAAGAGGGUGUGGCAUUGGAUUUGGUCACCCUAAUAAGCGUUCUCCCUGUUUACUGUGACAGGGACUAUUUAGUUCAUGGGAUGGCCCUUCAUGGUUAUGCGAUAAAAAAAGGGUUUGCUUCUGAUGUAUCUUUGGUCAAUGCACUUAUCAGCACAUAUUGUAAGUGUGGCGAUCUUGAUUCUGGGAGAUUUCUUUUUGAAGUUAUGUCAGAAAGGUGCGUAGUGUCUUGGAAUGCCCUGAUUACUGGCUUGCGGCAUCUCAACCUACAGAACGAGGCUUUGGUCCUUUUCAGUCAAAUGACGGAGUAUCAGAGGCCAAAUUCUGUAACUCUGCUAAAUGUAUUACCUUUGUGCUACAGCCAUUUGCAGGGAACAAAAGACAUACCAGUGUGGAAUGCUAUUAUUUCUGUGCAUAUCCAAACAAAAUAUCCUGAAAACGCAGUUUGCUUCUUCUAUGAUUUGCUUCGAAUGGGUUUACAACCUGAUAACAUAACAGUUCUGAGUUUAGUUUCAGCAUGCGCUCAACUAAAUUUCUUGAGUCUUGCUCAUUCUGUAAUGGCCUAUGUGAUAUGCAAGGGAUUUGAGAAAGAUUCUGCCGUUAGCAAUGCCCUAAUAGAUAUGUAUGCAAGAUGUGGAGACAUUGUUACUGCUAAAAAGCUGUUUGAGGGCUUGAUUGAAAAGGAUGCUGUCUCUUGGAGUGUGAUGAUCAAUGGAUACUGUCUCCAUGGGGACGGAAAAGCUGCCCUCGAAAUUCUCUCCCAGAUGCAGUUAUCAGGAGUGAUCCCUAAUGUCAUUGUAUUUUCAACUAUUUUAUCAGCUUGCAGCCAUGCUGGUUUAGUUGAGCAAGCUUGGAUGGUCCUCAACUCUAUGGUCGAAAACGGUAUAUCAGCAAGAAUAGAGCACUAUGCAUGCCUGGUGGACCUGUUAGGGAGAAAAGGUCACUUGAAGGAGGCGUACAAUGUCGUUAAGAAGCUACAUGGUAAACCUUCAGUUACCCUGCUUGAGUCGCUGUUGGGUGCCUGUAGCGUACAUGGCAACGUCGAAAUUGGGGAGGAAAUUAGUGGGCUGCUGAUUGAAAUGGACCCAGAUAAUCCUGUUCCUUAUGUGAUUCUUUCCAAUAUCUAUGCAGCAGCUGGUCGAUGGGCAGACGCCAAUAAAUUGAGGUCAAACAUAGACCGGAGACGAUUGAGAAAAGCAGCUGGUUGCAGUCUUCUAAUAAGGGAAAAAAGUGACAACAUGUGGUAAUGAAGGAAACCUAACUCUCUAUCCAUGGUUCUUUGUAUAUUAUACAUUUUCUCUUAUAUGUUCCCCUUUUGAUUUUGUUAAAAAAAGGAAAAAAUUAGCAUCCAUAUGCUCUACA